UGUGAUUUUCAUUGCCAACUAUUUUAUAACAACUGUCAAAUAACACUUUGUUAUUAAGAAGAAACACAUUGUGAUAGAGAUAUACAUAUUAACAGAUAUUUUUCUAGCAGCUGUGAAUUAGAAGGUAGAAUGACGUCUUUAAGUGAAGAUGAUCUAGAGAAUGAAGAACUUUAUGGUAUCAGAAACAGUACACUUUUUAUAAUUGAUGCAACACCUCCAAUGUUUCAAAAUAAUCCACAAGAAGGAAUCCCAUAUUUUUUACAAUGCAUAAGGCUAUACAAAGACUUUCUUAAGCAAAAAUUGGUUUGGAAUAAGCAAGAUUGGAUUGGUUUAAUGUUGUUUGGAACUGAUAUGCAUUCUAAAACCAAACAUAUAUCAAUGCUGCAGAAAUUAAAUCUUGUUUCAAAGAAGAAUUUACAAGAAGUAAUUGAAAUAGAUGAAGGGAAGAAAUGGGAGAGCUACAGGAAUACUGCUUCUUCCACUGUUUAUCCGUUACACGAUGCAUUAUGGACUGCAGCACGAGCAUUCUCUGAUAAAAAUAUUACUAUGCCGAUAAGAAAAGCAAUUCUUUUUACAUGUCUGGAUAACCCUCCAAUGACUGAUAAUAAUGAAAAGUAUAGAAUAAGAGUAAAAGCAGCAAAUUACAGUGACAUAAACCUUCAAUUAUUUGUUGUUGGUUUGAGUGAAAAUUGGAAUCACGAUUUGUUCUAUAAAGAUUUAGAAUUGUUAUCCCGAAAAAUUGAUGUUGAUGAUUAUAAAAGAAUAUGUUUAAAAGAGUUAGUGGAACAAGUAAAAUUGCCAUCUAGAAAUAUGGCGAAAUUACCUUGGAGACUUGGAGAGAACGUGAAUAUAGAUGUGUCUCUUCGCAAUCUUGCCGUUAAAACACAAUACUUAAAAGAGGAGAAGAUAAGCAAAGAAACCAGUACUCCUUUGAUGUCACGUGCAUACCUCACACUGGCCAAUAAUAACGAUAACAAAGAAACAGGAGAGGAUACAGAAAAUGAACACGCAUCGUCGCCUGUUCUGGAGAUGGAUAUUCAAAAAUAUCAAACAUUUGGUAGGAGAAAUAUUAAUUUUACAUCAGCAGAAGUAAGAUCGUUAAGUAAAAUGGGAGAACCAGGCAUUGAUUUAAUAUGUGUAAAACCCAUUUCUUAUCAUCCUCUAUACCACUUUGAUACACCAUAUUUUGUUAUACCUAACAAGAGCAAUCGUAAAGAUAACAAAUUAUUAUUUAGUGCAUUACUCGAUAAGUGUGACUCAAAAAAUUUAAUGGUAAUAUGUGCAGUUACGAUACGAAAGCAUUCUUCGCCAAAAUUAUGCACUAUGAUACCAAAUGCACAAAAUGGAGGAUUUUAUUUAUAUAAAAUACCAUUUAGAGAAAACACUCGAAAUCUCAGCGAAUAUUUGUCAGAACAUAUAUAUGACAACAAAGAAAAGAAACUUCCGUUUAAUCCAAAUGGAAUUAAGCUGCUAAAGAAAAUAAUCGAGAAAUUAAGUAUCGAAUAUAAUCCAAAAUUGUUUUCAAAUCCUAAACUACAAGUUCAAAUUGAAGCGAUCGAAACCUUAGCUUUAGAUUCGGAAAAACCUGAAGAUAAGGUUGAUGAUACAAUUCCAAAAGUUGACGAGAUGCGUAAAGUUGUAAACAAUUUAUUAGAUGAAUACGAUGAAAUAUUUAAAGAAGAAAUAGACAAUGUAAGUGAUGUACCACCAAAAAAGAAAAUUAAAAGGGUUAACAAAGAGGCAGAACCUGCUGUAUUGGGAGAUGAAGCAAAGAUUCGGGAACUUGUGAAAAAGGGCAAAAUAGAAACUUCUACUGUAUCAGAGUUAAGAACAAUUUUAAGAACAUUAUGUUUAAAAACAUCUGGUAAAAAGGAUGAAUUAAUUAAUAGAGUUAAAGAACAUUAUAAAUGA